CUGUCUGCCUCUAUUCCUUAUCAUGGGAGGUAUUUUUACAGGAAAGCUUUAUUGUUGACGCAUUGUGGGUGCAGUAGUGCAACAGGAAGAAACUUGCAGCGAAACAAAGCCAAAUGGAGAAGACUGGUGAAAACACUCCGAUGCAAAGGACAGGCAGUGCUGAACCGCUGGUUGGUGGGGCAAGAUACAGAGGGCGCUCCACUGGCUACGCCCUGAAGGUGGCAAGUCUGACGAUACUGGCAUGUCUGUUGGUGGCCAGCCAGGUGUUUGUGGCCAUCAUGGUGUUUGGCCAAAAGCAGCAGAUCCAUACGCUGCAGAAGGACUUUGACGGGCUCAGCAGGCAGCUACAUGCAGCUCAAGUUGCCCCAUUCAAGUUGCGCCAGCCAAUGAACCCCUUCCCACAGAUGCAGGCAUUUGCAGAUCUAGACUCAGUGGCGACCAAGGCAACCUGUGAAACAGGAAGAGAAGAAGAUGGAAUCCAUUGCGUGGAUGAGAUGCUUGGUCUCAUGAGGGAGUACUUUGAGAUGCCCAAAUUCAAUGACACUGUGCUGGGUAACCUGAAGAGCCUGAAGAAACAGCUGAAUCAGAGUAACUGGAAGAGCUUUGAAUCUUGGUUGCGCAACUGGAUCAUCUUCCACAUGUCCCAACAGAAGCCUCCAACUCCUACAGGAUCCUCCACAAAGACCAAAUGUCAAAUGCGCGCAGAGGUUAAAAGCAGCCAACUGGAUUCGUUCCGUCCUGUGUGUGACUUGAAGGGUCGCUAUGAAGCCAUUCAGUGCUGGCACGUCAUUGGCGUUUGCUGGUGCGUGGAUGUUGACAGUGGUGCCGCCAUCGCGGGCACCUACACAAAAGGCCACCCCAAAUGCGAGACAGGUUGAAGAAGGGAAGGCAAGAGCUGCUUAUUUCUUCAUCUUCAUCUGACACAUCACUUCAUAUACUGUAAUGAAACUAGCUUACUGCUGUAGUGGGAAUACAUAUGUAAUUGCUUGUUACGCAUUUUGGCUUUUUGGGGUCCUCCACGCCAUUUUCAUCUCAUGUCCCCCAUGGUUGGUUUCAUUAGGACAACAAUUUCUCCCCUCCACUUUCACCACAUAAGGUGACAAAACUCUCCGGUUAAACAAAGGACUAAUGUUCCUCUUUCAUUGGGACGGACAUGGAGCUUGCUGAGCACAUGCUACAACUACUGAAUUUACUCAAAACAUUUCAAGAAUUUGCACUUUGUAGUCAGAAUUUUAAUCAACCCUCUUCCUGAAAUCAUAUCGCCAACUCAGCAAAGCAGACAAAUCCUUCAAGCCAGACAGAUACUAUUUGCGGAUCACGUUAACACUAAAGUCACGUGUUUUGUUGUACAUUUAUAAGCCUGAAUAGUGCUGGGAGCAGAUACGUAACUAAUUGUCUAAGUGCUCAGCAAUCUUUCCACGCUGUAAAUAAUGACAUCUUUGCUCAACAUAAAAGAAGGAGCAAUUUUCAGUCCAUGUUUGUAACUUUUCGUCACCUAGAGUGACAUGUUUUCAAUGAUGGCUGAAUUGAAAUUCUUAAAAAUACGACGUGUGGAAAUAGCUACAUCUUUGUUUCUUUGCUGAACUAUGCUACCUCUUGGCCAGGACUCAAUGCAAAGAAAAAACAUUUCUGGUUGGUUAAAUAUUCUAAAAUACAAAAGUCUUCAUCAAUGUGAAUGCCAACACUAAAGUCAAUAAAGAAUUUAACAUUUUGAAA